AUGAGUAAUACGAUCGGUGAUGAUGAUCAUCAUGGACAUGGUCACGGUAAUGGACAUGGACACGCACAUGGACAGGAUGGUCAGUGCUCUCAUAUGGAGUUGAGCAGUACAUCACAGUCAUUGGAUGAGUUGGAGUUUGAACGUGGAGUAUGGGGAGCAGUAGUCAAUAACAAUGUGGACAAGUUACGUUCAUUGUUGAAUGGCAAUGCUGCAUUAUCAAAUGCUGUCGAUAGGACUGGUUACUAUCCACUACACUAUGCUGCAAGACACAAUGACACCAAAUGUCUUGGUCUCCUACUCGACUCUGGUGCUCGAGUCAAUGUGAUCACUGAUGGUGGCGCCACUCCACUUCAUCGUGCAGCAUUCUGCGGUGGUAUCAAUAACUGCAAACUAUUGCUUGAGCGUGAUGGUCGUGUGUUGGAUCAACAGGAUGCAGAUGGAAUGACAGCAUUACACAAGGCAUAUUCACAGAACAACUUGGAUGUGAUUGAAUAUCUCAUUCAGCGAGGCGCUGACACAAACAUCAAGGACAGGAGAGGCAAGAUACCAUCAGAGUACAAACCUUGA